AUGUCUUCCAAGGAACGCGGUUACGAACGUGUCUCGCACGACUCUUCAGCAGACGGCCAGGCGGACGAACAGGCUCAACCUUUCCUCGGCGACGCCGUCCUCACGCCGCCGAACAAGCAGCGGCGCCGGACUUUGUGCAAGUGGCUUUUUGUCGCAUGCAACAUUGUCAUGUUCCACUUCUCACUGGGUGCUCUAUACUUUAGUCACAAGAAGGGAUGCAGUGGCUCGAAGGGCAGCACGUUCUACACACCGCUUUUUGACCACUUUGAUGUGCCAACGGUGGACGUGAUGAGCAAAGCGCAGUACGGCGACGGCGGGCCGACCAUCUGGAAGGCUCCGCCGAGCGAAGCAACCGACGAGGCGUGGAACCGCAUGAUGGGGGAGCAUGUUUUCCCCGUCUCCAAAGCCAGCGUCGACAAGCUGCGCAAGGACGCCGACGUGGCGGUCAAGAUGCCCGGUCACCACCACGACGACGGAGACGACGACCAGUACAUGGCCAGCGUGGCCGUCUUCCACCACAUCCACUGCCUCGACUGGCUGCGCAAGCAGAUCCACCGCGACUACUACUACCCCAACGGCACGGACGACAACUUCAACGGGCCGCACACGGCGCACUGCAUCCACGUGCUGAUGGACCAGCUGACGUGCCACGCCGAUCUAGGCGUCUACCUCUGGCGCUGGAUGGACGACCUGCCCAUGCCCAUUGCAGACACCAACAUCUGGAGCAAGUGCGUCGAUUUCGACACGCUGCAUGUCCGCUACGCCGAGCUUACCGACAACGGCGUCGAGCCCCGCCAAGUCAGCAAGCCCCCGGGCGCCAAGUCGGUGCCCAUUCCGUAUGAAAUCCGCGAGAUCAUGCAGGGUCGAGACCCCGCGGCAGCUCAGUAG